UUUUUCUUUUGAGUUUAUUAUCAGUGAAUUUUCAUUUUUUUUUUAAUUCUGACAUAGAGAUUGCUGCAACGGAACGACAGAGUUCAAUGUCUUCUAAACAUUUGGAUACGGCAGCUUCAAAUCAAAUUUAAGAUAAUGGGUAUCGUAGAAUGAAUGACCCUCAAAAUGGUAAAGCUCUUACUCCGCUUUGCUAAUUGCCGAUUCUGGUUAAGGCACAGUACCCAAUCGUUUACCUCCCACUAAUAUUGCCUCCUUCUCAUUCAAGGUUCAUGGCAUGUCAUAUGAGAAGUAUAAUGUACCAUUCGGGUUUUUUGAUGAUGGAGAAUGAAGUUUCUGAAAGGUCUUGCAUUACUGCUGCAACUUGCAACUUUUGUAGCUGGUGUAAUGAACCAAGUUUCAGUGCACAAAAUAAAAGGAUAGACUUAAUGGCUGCACCUUUUCUCCAAAGGAGCUUUUUGACAAAAAAAAAAGAGUGGAAAGUUGCCUUUGCUUUAGACACUGGCGGGGUCUCCGGAAAUGGUGACCAAGAGGGCGUCAACGGUGACAGUUCCAAUCUUGGCCGGACUCGUUUGGGUAGGAUAGUGAGUGCAGGUGGCAGACAGCUAUUGGCGAAGCUGAAUUCUGCUAGAAAGAACUUUCCCAUGAAGAUAUUUCUGGUUCUGUUGGGUUUCUACACAGCAAAUGCACUGGCUACAAUUCUUGGUCAGACGGGUGAUUGGGAUGUUCUAGUUGCCGGCAUUGUGGUAGCUGCCAUUGAAGGUAUUGGCAUGCUUAUGUAUAGAAAGCUACCUUCUCUUUCAAAGGGAAGGUUGCAGUCUUUUGUUGUGAUGAUGAACUACUGGAAAGCUGGUGUGUGUUUAGGACUUUUUGUGGAUGCUUUCAAACUAGGUAGCUAGAUUAUACUUUUUCUUCAUCUUUUUUUUUCAAGUUAUAUGCAUUUGUUGUUGUUCCUAAGGUGUUCAAGGGUGUGAAUACUCCCAUUUAGCAAAUAAGAAUUUAGAUUUUUAACCA